GUAUAUAAAGUGACGUAUCACCUUCAUUUAUCCUGCCAUUUUCCAAUCAGAGUAUGGGCGGGACUAGGUGACGUAUUUUGCAUAUCACGUGACAUUGUAUCAACAAAUCAACAAUUACCUCUGCUUUAUUCUGUAGGGGUAACUAAAAAGCUUGUAUAAGAGCCGUUUGGUUAAGGUUCUUGGAAAUGUGUGAGUCCAAUCUUUUUAGUUCUGGCUUUGUUCGUCCUCUUUUGAAUUUCUCAUCUCCGGAAACCUUGCCGUUCUCAAACUUUCGGGGCAAUGGAGCCCAUCAUUCCGCGCUCCCGCACAUCUACGGUAGAAGAGAGGUGUGCUCGCUCCCAUGGACUUCCCAAAGCUCGUGCACAAGCCCGUCACAGAGCCGUGCCUUUAGUGGCUACUCUCAGCCUUUCCUUAGCUCGAUGCCAGUGACCACCAGCUCUCACAACCACAGCAAGUGUCCGCUGGGGGACUCCAGUAAAUACUACUUCCAGGACGCAAACCACAAAGUAGACGUGCUCGACAAAGGAACGACAGCUUUCGCCGGAGAGCAUGGACUCACAGAUCCUGACAGUUCUAACACACUUGAAUUUCCAGGAUUGGACAGAGGGUUGCAAAUCACGGUGAACUUCACUGACCAUACAAAAGCCGAUGGCAUUAAACAGUCUGCACACAUGUCUGUCUCAGGCCAAGCCUCUUCGAGUGCGCAGAACACCAGAGCAGCCUUCACUGAUGGAGUACCCUGGUGCCCCACCCAAUUGAGAGCCAGAAAGAAGAGGAAACCUUACACAAAGCCGCAACUGGCUGAACUUGAGAAUGAAUUCAUGAUAAACGAAUUCAUAAACCGGCAAAAACGAAAGGAAUUGUCAGACAGAUUGAACUUGAGUGACCAACAAGUCAAAAUCUGGUUUCAGAAUCGCCGGAUGAAAAAGAAAAGACUGCUUAUACGCGAGCAUGUCCUCACUAUGUACUGACAAGGAAAAGCGAGUGCUUCCUUUUUGGUGACCUUUGUGCUCUAGUAUUCUGUGUCUGGCGCGGUCCCUCACCUUGACAAUGAUUCACCUAAGCAGUUUAUUUCAGUGCACCUAUACUUUGAAAAACAAAAUUUCAUUUAUUGUGUUUUAUCACAUGUUUGACCGUUAGCUAGUCUAAAAGCAUAUAUAAAAAAACAGUUACAACAGUAACACUUCAUCGUUUGACAAAAAAGGUUUAGAUUCAUAACUAAAAUGUAAAGACCCAACACCUCUCUCUUAAAGUACAAGCUUUGUUUGUGUUUCCCAAACCUACGCUUAUUUAUGAGCUGUAUUGUAUGUCCUGUAUUGUAAUAAACAUUCUGUUCGUUUGCAUUGCUUUGGGCGGUGGUAUUUAUGUGCUUGGUGCAGAAAGUCAGAGAACCUAUAGAUUCGCCUUUCUGUUUUUUUUUACCAUUUAAAAAUGUAUUACUAAAAUGUAAAGACCCAACACUUCUCUUAAAGUACAAGCUUUGUUUGUGUUUCCCAAACCUACGCUUAUUUAUGAGCUGUAUUUCAUGUCUUGUAUUGUAAUAAACAUUCUGUUCGUUUGCA